UCUUGCUCACUGCUGUCUACCAUGACCACCACAGUUCUUUUCUCAACGUUUGCUCCAUUCCCGACUCUUUCACUCUCUGUUUCUCCAGAAACACGAUUCGAUGACCUGUAUUCUCUUUUGUGCGAGCGCUAUUCUGAUCUCCCUGCUUCAGAGGACUUGAGAAUUUCAUCUCAUGCUGGAUCUGUCCCUACAUCUGACACCCUCCUCUCUGAUAUUCAUGGACGAGAUGCGACUCUCAUCACGCUAAAACUUAUUCCCCGACUCCGAGGUGGUAAAGGAGGUUUUGGUUCGCAGUUGCGUGCCGCCGGUGGUCGUAUGAGUAGUCAGAAGACCAGUAACAAUGACUCGUGCAGAGAUCUUAGUGGACGCAGGCUUAGUACCAUCAAAACCGCGAAAAGGCUCGCAGACUACAUGGGAAAUGAAGAUGAACGGAAGAAGGCCCAGGCUGAGGCCAAAAAAGCCAAGCUAGAAACACUCGAGAAGAAGAUUGCAGCUGCAUCAGGGGAUACGGAGACUGUUGCUGGCAAGAAGCACCGGUUCGAUGACACAGAAUACCUUGAGGAAAGUAGGGAGAUCGUCGACAAUGUCAAAUCUGCGGUGUCUGCAGGUCAGAAUACCGCGUCCACUACAUAGUGUUCGUGCUGAUGUUUCAAUUUGCAGGUCUCAUGAAGAAAAAGAAGAAGAUGAAGACGAAUCACAUUUCCAGCUCACCUGAGUCAUCCACUCCUCCAAAGGAUGCGGUCGCGGAGAAAGUGCUGAAAUCGCCAGCUCCACCUAUUGCAGUGCCUACAGCUAUCACUGUCGGAGUCGCCAGCGCGUAGUCCUUGCCCGUUGAUAUAUCCCUUUGUAAAUUACGUAGUGUAUGGAUAAUGUAUCCUCGUUGUGACCAUAUGAAUGGAAUCAUAUUAGCUUGUCGGUAUUA